CGAAGCUAUUCACAUAAUCCGAAUGGAAAAGAGUAUCGAGUCCUGUUUCUGUCCGUUCAUUAUAGUGCCCUGUACGCUGAAAGUUAAAUGCAGCGUUAUUUAGAUUAUAAUCCGCCGUUAGUGAUCAUCUGCGAUGUGCCUGUCGUAAGAGACAUCUAGCCACAUUGACUGGACUGAAACGAAUGAAUGGGUUGUCAGCGUUCCAAACGACCGGGUUUUACGAUUUAUGACUUGGAGCGACCGAGCUGACUCCUAUCUAGCCACGUAUUAGCUAGCUAGAUACUAUUCUGUUAUACUGCCAGUUAUUCUGCUUGAAAAAACAAAGAAUUGGCUAACCAUUAUGGAUUAUCAAGAAAAGGCCAGUUCCGUCGCAGACCACCUUUUAAGCUACAGCAAAGACGAAUCCGGCUGGAAGAUAUGCAAGAAAACGAAUGAAGUUGUGGUAUAUUGGCGACCGUCUUCUGAAUUCACUGGGAAUGUUGCUCCUAGUCCCCCGAUUGUGUUCUGCAGGUACAAGGGAGAGGCGGUGGUUAGAGGCAGUCCCCAGAAAGUGUGGGAAUGUUUGAAACCGGAUCCGAAUGGUCUUCGUGUGAAAUGGGACGACAACGUCAAGAAGUUCGAGCUCCUUGAACAAGUAUCCUCGGACAUCACAGUGUGCAGAACUGUCACUCCAUCUGCUGCUAUGGGCAUUAUAUCACCUCGAGACUUUGUGGACGUUAUUUUAGUCAAGCGAUAUGAAGAUGGCACAGUCACAUCAAACGCAACACACGUGAGCCAUCCAGCCUGUCCUCCCCAGCCUGGCUAUGUACGCGGCUUCAACCACCCAUGUGGCUGCUUCUGUGUGCCAGUUCUCGGCGAAACGGACAAAACCAAGCUGAUCAGCUUCUUUCAAACUGAUCUCGGAGGUUUGCUUCCACGUUCAGUUGUGGAUUCGUUCUUCCCAUCCAGCAUGACGGACUUCUACUCCAACCUCGCUAAGGCCGUCAAAUCCUUCAAGUAACAUUCAGCAAAAACCUAAACACGGGAUCAUUUCACAAUGCGUCACACUUAAGUUUUUUUUAAUAUAUAUUUUUAAGCUUGUUACAUUAUUUUAGUUAAAGGAGCAAAACGGAAAUGUAAGUUUCGCUAAUUUCCCUCUUCUGUGUAAAAUCAUAAUGGAUCUUACUGCAACUACGAGCUACUACUGUAGCUUACAGCAACUGCGAGUUAACCGGGUAAACAAUGAAAUGGAGAAUAAAUAUUCACUAACCCUCUGAAGUCCCGAUUAUCACCAUUGAUAAAAUCAUGUUGUAGUUAAACACGGCGCAUAUAUACAUGCGAUAAAAUCAUAUUAAUUACAAAGGCAAAGAAUACUGGGCUUCACGGAGCUAAGCACAUUCAGAGUAUACGUGACCUUUUAGAUAAUCGGACUCACUUGACUGGAUUUAAGAAGCCCACUUUACAGGCAAACUGGGUAAGUGCGAUGGCAUUGCCAAGCAGUAAUGGUCACCAGAGUCAGCCCUGGCAAAGGUAGACUCCUCACAAUAUUCCUCACCUCAUUAUUGUUGCAAAAAUGCAGAGAAAGAACACUGAGCUUCUGGAUGAACAAAACAGCAGCUUCUCACUGAAUUCCCUUCAAGUGGCAUUUGCCGAAAUUUGGUUCUGGCAGCCAAUUGCUCAGAUAUCUGUUGCUUUUUUUUACUGUAUUCUAUAUUACUGGCUCACCAAGGUUUAAAAAACGUUUACCUAUGUAAAUGGGUAGAAUGUUACGGGUAUGGCAGUCAUAUCUUAAGAUACAGAAUGUCAUUUAAGAUCGUGACUUUUGUCAGAAGCACUUUAUGGCCUGAAGUGAGCUGAACUGAAGGGUCUCCACGGUUGGACUGCCAUGGUGAGGCUGACCUGAAGGCACAUGUGGAGAGAUGCUUUUCUACUCGUCACCCUCUCUCAGAAACCACAUGACACGCCGAAAACCUCCAAGCAAGCUUCACACGUUUGUGAACACGAAUAUGAUUUUAUCUAAAACAUGAGGGCAUACGCCGAGUUUUUAAAAAGCCAAAUGCCCACCCAGAAUUCAUGCUCUAAAAAGGAAAUAAGCAAUGGCUGCCCUCUAGUGUAUCCUGUUCAGAAAUGAGGAUCACACCUCAUACAUUCCAUACCUCUGUUUUUUGUAUAUCAGUAUUUCAGCUCGGGAUAGUGGUUACGGGACCAUAAAUAACAAAUUGCACAUCAUGGCUCCUCACCUUUGGUCCUGGGAGCUGUUUCUACAGUUGUUCAUUAGCAUAAAGACCUCCCUCACUAAUGCCUCCCAAUUCAACCUGACUUGCUUCUUAAAUUUUGUGCCAGCACUUUUGACCAGUUGAUUGUGUUUUAGUCUAAUCAGGGCCAAGCUUCUCAAAAGCUUCAUAGUUAAAUGAUAGAGCAAGUAGCACACUGAACACUCAUUGAAGGUGAUUUUAGCAUUGCUUUUGGGAAACGGAGCUCAGAUAAGCAAACUAAAAGCCCAUUACUGUGCAGAUACUUGGUCUACUUUUUGUUUUUCUUUGAUUGUUUGUUUUUAGAAAUACUUUUGAUCUUUUGGCUCUUUAAUUAAAUAUUAAUGAUUAAUUCACAGUAUCCUUUUAUAAAACUACCACUUAGCACUAAAUUCCCCAGACAUUGCACUGACUCUGAGAUUUACAUGAUCUUAGUUAGGUACACAAUGUCAGUCAGAUUUUUGUGAUAUUUAUUUUGCCAAAAUGCUGGAUUUUUACCCUACCCUACUGGGAACCGUCACCACACGUUCCCAGCUUCUGUUUGACGUUUCUACUCUCCUAUGGUGCCACGGGGACUUUUUAAAUCACACAUACAAUUUUUAUGAAUACUAAGCAGCUAUUAUCAUGACUUUGUCCAUGCAGACGUUGGGAUGUGACGUUCAUACACAUAAUGAAUCCUGCUGUUUUGAUUUGUGAGCUGAUGUUACUUCAGGUUCAGGAAAUUGUGAACAAAAAGGGACCAACCUUUUUUUUUUUUUUUUUUUUUUUUUGUAAUUCUCUCAUGCUAUAUGGAUUGGCUGAGAGUAACAAAUCUAGACUACGGUGGGCAUCCCCAGUGCAGUAGAAUACAGCUGCGAUGUGUGUACUGUAGCUAGCUGGACGAGCUAAAACGCUGACUUGCACUUGAAACUCUGGAGACAGCCACUAGGGUUCUGACUGCCCACUUUGUUACUCUGUCGAGCUUCUCUGCUGGAUUAAAAAAAGAUUCCUAUGCUGAAUGGGGACUUUGUGCAGGUAGAAAAGGGUGCUUUCCUCCACAGGUGAGAGAUUAUCGAAGAUGGAAAGGACCAGAAGUAGUGGUCAGGGAUAUCACUGUGAUGUUUACAUGCUGAUUGAAAGCUUAGGUCAUUUCAAGUUGCACAAUGUCAAAGGGACGAUUGUAAUACGUGUGUGUGUGUGUGUGUGUGUGUGUGUGUGUGUGUGUGUGUGUGUGUGUAAAAUUCAUUGCAAUGUGCAAAUAAUUCUGAUAUUAUUAUGUGUUCUGUCUGGUGUCUUUCCUGGUGUUCCAUUAAGAAGCAUGGGCAUGAAGUGUUUUGGGCACGGUGUAUUCAUUAUGAACGCAUGUUCUUGGCCUUUCUGUAUAUCUAAUGAGGUAUCGGAUCCAAUGUCAGGAUAUUACUAUGCAUGGGUUAUUUGUUUCUUUUUAAUUUGUUUGUUUGUCUUAACCUUUUUUACUAGAGAUGUAAACCUUUGGAACACCUGAACGUAAAUAACUGGAACCGGCUGCUGCUAGAUAGAUUGCCUUUAAUGUCAUGUACACCUGAUGGACACAAAGCCCUUAGUAUGAUGAGCUCUGUGAAACACAAUGUACUCUAUUAGUAUAAAUAAGUAGCUGCAUUCUGGAUCUUUGGCAUGUAUUAACAUAUCUCCUGCAUUUAUCUGUGAUACAGC